CGUCCUGCUAUCUUGCAUUGCCCACAUAUUAUUCUGUCCAAUGACUAUUUUAUGCAGUUGAAGUAAUGAAGCUGUUUACUGAAAGAGUACUGGUAUAUACAUGCCUAUGUAUCGUAUUGUUUCUUAUCGGAUCGAAUAUGUCUGAAACAACAGAAGAUGUUAAAUAUGUAAAAAUUGGGUCAUCUUUAACUUUUAACUGUCCUUUCAAGUCAGCCUCAAAACCAGUAGUUUGGAGAGGUCCACCAAACCUCAUCAUUUACAGUAUAGAUGACAAAGUCAAUAAGAACAUUUAUAACCAACAUCAAUUAACUGUGACUGAGGAUUCUGUCAAAGGUCAAUACAUUCUCCGAAUUAUGAACUGCACAGAAGAUUGCAGCGGUAUAUUCCAAUGUGAUACUGUCAUCGAUGGUUUAGCUGUUGAACAGGAGUUCUAUGCAGCCUUAAUAGAGUCACCUGCAUACAUGCAGAUAACCACGUCGAAUUCUUCAAAUUAUAUUUAUGCAAGCGAAGGCUCAGAAAUUGAAGUAGAAUGUGAAGUUGAGUGUGGUAAUCCACCAGGGACAUUGACAUGGGUGCAAGAUGAAUAUAUAGUAUUAAAAACUAAGGCAUGCUACAACACAACUUAUAUGUCUACGGUAAUAAAUAGUAGCCGGUCUGAUCACAUGACAACUCUAACAUGUAUAGCCGAGAAUAGUUAUGAUCAGCUUGAGAUGAACAGAACAAUUUAUUUAAAUUUGUUGCCUCUAGUACAUACGAGAGCUGAACCUUCAUCGGUUAUGGAGGAAGAAUCGAGUCUGAAUAUCUUUUGUUUUACUGAAACAAACACCUACCCUGUAAAGAUACAAUGGCUAUUCGAGGGGAAUAUUAUUCCGGAAGAGAACAGUGAUGUACUGUAUAUAGAUAAGGUAAACAGGAAUCAAUUUGGACAAUACAGUUGCCGAGCAACGAAUCGAGUUGGAACAGAACAAGCAAAAAUUCACAUCACAGUGAAAUAUAAACCUUAUCUGCAGAAAAGUGAAAGCGACUCUCAAUCUUUUGAAGCCGUUAUCAAUCGUCCAACUCCUGUAGAGAUAGUGAUUCAGAGCUUUCCUAGACCAGACUGCGCUUGGACGAAAACUAAAGGUGGAAAGCUUGCCAACAUAAAAGUCACAGCAAUCAGGCGAGAUGUUUUUGCAGUUUCAUCAACAAUUAUGCUUCAAAAGGAAAGUCAGUUCGGGUUGUAUGGGAUGAGAGCAAGAAAUCCAUAUGGCAGUUUAGAUAUCAAAAUAAAUCUAGUCUCUCGGGUUGUUAGCAUUCGUCCAUUAAAAAUCAACUGUAAUGUUUCGUCUACGAUUGAACUGCAAUGCUUUUUAAAUUUAAAUCAUUCAUCCAAUUGGACAAGUCUGUGGCUACAUUCAAUUAAAGGCAACAAGCUACAAGAGCGAUCUGGAAUUUCCCGGGGAAACAAAUCAACGUUGACAAUAGCCUUCUGUGAUUUUCGAGACAUUGGAGAUUAUACCUGUACCUGGAGUUCCAAAAAUAAGAUUUAUUCAUCAACAUACCCAGCAACCGUUGCUGUUUUUGGAUCUCCAAUACUUGCAUCUCAGAAUGUAGACCUUCAGACAGGAGACAGUGUAUUGAUUAGUGUAAAGUUUUAUUCAGUUCCAGAACCCAUUUCCAUAGUUUGGCUAGAAAACGAUGAACGUCUUCAUCAUAAUAGAAGUUCCUUCAUGAGGACAAUCAUUGCUCUUAAAAUAUCUGACACAGAAGUGAAUGUCGAUGGAUUUUCCACAAGUCUAUUACUAGAAGAACCAAUAUCAUAUGACAGUCAGUUUAGUUGUGUAGUUACAAAUGAGUAUGGAUAUAUGGAUGUUCUAUUUGACAAACGGCUGUUGAUAGGUUCAUUCAAAGACGGUAACACCAUCACAAAAAUAAUUCAGACGCCAACUUUAUCAAAGAACAACACAAGUUCACUAAGACCUACUGGAUAUACAGACGAACCUACACAUACAUCAACUGAACCGCUGACAAAUGAUCAGAUUUAUAUAAUGAUUUGCGGUGUCGUUCUCGUUAUUCUUUUUAUUGUUGUGACAGUCUUCAUUAAAAACCAAAUACGAAUUAAUCAGAUCCACAAGCGAACAGAUCAACACUCAGCUAUGUCCUUGGGAGCAUUACAGUAUCAAGAACGUCAAAGGUCUUCAGAUUUAUCAGACUUGCCUCAGCAAAACAUUGAAAACCCCGAAUAUGAGGAAAUCCAAAGCGUUCCUAGCGAAACAGAGGCAGAAGACUAUAUAACACCAGUAAACGAUAGCAGUAAAAGUGACAGUGACUCGAGCAUAGAAAGGCAAUAUUUAGAAUUGGGUCCACCACAUACGUAUGAAGAAAUAAGUUUGUCAAGAAGAGAACUACAUGUUUAUACAUAGUACAUGUGAUGAUAUAUUGUGGUAAACGCAAUAUAUGUACGUUAGGGAUGAAAAUAACAAGUAGUGGUAUGAUUGCCAUUGAUACAAAUAUCCAUCAGAAACUAACGGGCAUGGAUGUAAGCAACUCACAGUUUCUGAAAGCUAGCAUAAAGCCAAUAACAACUAAUAAAUAGAUAAUAUUUUCCGAGACAUUAAUGUCAAUCAGUACCCGAUCAACCGAUUAAGCGCAAUGAAGACAUAUAAGUAUCGGCAGGGUUUAGGACCGUUAGUGUUCAUAACUGUACAGCAAUGAUUUUGUUGUUUUUGUUUAUUAGUACUGUUGUGAAUCUUUUGAACUUCAAUUGAACGAGUUUCAGAAAGAGGGAAGGUUGAUUGCUAGAAAACCAUAUUAACCAAACCGUGUCCCCCAAAAAACAGGAACCACGUCAGUAAAAGAAUGGCGAAAGAUACCAAAGGCUCAUUCACUCUCAUAAGUACAAAUAGUGCCCAUUUCAAACUUUUACUGGUUUGUAGUGAUAUAUAAACACCGUAAAAAGGAGCCAACAGAACAUAGCAUUCCAAAAGAGGCAAAAAUCAGUUUACACUCAAAGAGAGUCCGACUUUGUACUGAAAGAAGAAAAAAGGAAAAUUAACAAUAGGGAACGAAAAUUCUUUUUUCGUAAAAGUUUGUGUAGAUUUUUCCGUGUAAAACUGAAAUAUCUAAAUCUAGGAAAGGAUAGUUAUUGGUAUUUCUAUUUGACUUAUUUAAAGUAAGUUCCUUAGGGUAAAUUUAGGCAGUAUAUUUAGAGAAUUCAACAAAAGUCAGGUGUAUUUCAAAUAUGACAAGAUGUAAAUCAACACAACCGUAUGGAAAAGUCUAAAAGAAAUAUGUAUAGGAUACUUUUAUUUUAUAUAAUUUGUGUUUGAUUUUUUGAUAACCAUUAAAAUGAGCAAACUGUAAAGUA